AUGUCAUCAGUUCGCAUUUGCGUCUGCGGCGAUGAGGGAACUGGCAAAUCCAGUCUCAUCACCUCGCUCGUCAAAGGUGUGUUUGUUACGAACAAGAUUCAACCAGUCCUCCCCCAAAUUACCAUCCCUCCUACCCUCGGGACCCCCGAAAAUGUUACCACCACGACCGUCGUCGACACCUCGGCCCUUCCCCAGGAACGGAACAAUCUCGCACGAGAGAUACGGAAAUGCAAUGUGAUCCUCCUCGUCUAUUCCGACCAUUACAGCUAUGAACGGGUAGCUUUGUUUUGGCUACCGUACUUCCGCUCGUUGGGCGUCAAUGUCCCGGUUGUGUUGUGUGCCAACAAGUCCGACCUGGCGACUGGUCACAGUGAGACGCGAGUGGUUGAAGAGGAGAUGCUUCCUUUGAUGGCAGAGUUCAAGGAAAUUGACUCAUGUAUACGUACGAGUGCUCGGGAGCAUCGUAAUGUUAACGAAGCCUUCUUUGUUUGUCAGAAGGCUGUCACGCACCCCAUCGCGCCGCUGUUCGAUUCCAAAGAGGCUGCUUUAAAGCCCGCUGCGGUAGCAGCUUUGCAAAGGAUAUUCUAUCUCUGCGACAAAGAUCGCGAUGGAUAUCUAUCAGAUAAGGAGCUCGAGGAUUUCCAGGUCCGGUGCUUUUCCAAACCAUUGAACGAAGCGGAUCUGAAUCACAUCAAGGACACUAUUCAGAAAGCCUGUCCAGAGUCGGUCACGGAGUCAGGCAUUGACUGCCAAGGGUUUAUUCAUCUGAACAAAUUGUACUCGGAGAAAGGGCGACAUGAAACAGUCUGGAUAAUCUUGCGAGCAUUCCAGUACACGGAUAAUCUCUCCCUUCAGGAGAAAUUCUUACACCCGAAGUUCGAAGUACCGCCGUUCGCUUCUGCCGAACUCUCACCUGAAGGCUAUCGAUUCUUUGUGAACCUCUUUCUUUUAUCCGACAAGGAUAAUGAUGGGGGCUUGAAUGAGGCUGAACUUGCAUCCUUGUUUGCUCCCACCCCGGGGUUGCCCGCAUCAUGGGCCGACGGUUCAUUCCCAUCCUCCACAGUCCGAAAUGAGGCAGGACAUGUAACCCUGCAAGGCUGGCUUGCUCAGUGGAGCAUGACUACUUUCCUGUCUCCCAAAACUACCCUCGAAUACUUGGCAUACCUGGGCUUUGAGCCCUCCGAGAGCGAUCAAUCUAUUACUGCGGCGCUGAAAGUCACACGACCACGAAGAAAACGUCGCCGCCCGGGACGUGUGGGACGAAAUGUUGUCCAAUGCCAUGUCCUGGGAGCCCCUGGAUCCGGAAAAUCGGCCCUGCUCGAUGCACUUUUGUCCCGCGGAUUCAGCACGACAUAUCACCCUACCAUCCAACCGCGUACCGCAGUGAACACGGUGGAGCUUCCGGGCGGAAAACAAUGCUACCUGAUUCUGGAUGAAUUAGGUGAGCUGGAACCUGCUUUGCUGGAGAACCAGUCCAAAAUGCUGGAUCAGUGUGACGUGAUUGCGUACACGUAUGAUUCCUCGGACCCGGACUCAUUUGCAUACAUUCCUGCAUUGUUAGCAAAAUAUCCUCAUCUGGAGGAGCUCCCGAGUGUGUUCGUUGCCCUCAAGGCCGACUUGGAUCGGACGACCCAGCGAGCCGAGUACCAACCUCACGAAUAUACAGCUAUGCGUAACAUGCCCAGUCCGCCGCUCCAUGUGAGUGUAACGUGGAGUUCAAUCCAGGAGGUGUUUGUCCAUAUUGCUGAGGCUGCCAUGGAGCCCAGUACCGCUUUCCCACGUAGUGAAGAGGAUGUUGAGGGUAAAUGGAUGUCGUGGGGAAUCGCCCUGGGAGCCGUGAUAUCGGAGAUCACUUCAUUUUCUGACAGUAUUAGUGUCCUUCCCCCUCCCCCUCCACGCUAUACCAUCCCUGUCGCCUAUGCGGCGGGGGCGGCAAAUGGUAUGGCGGUCCCUGUUGUGGAAACGAACAAUACGAUUACUCACCCAGAGCGUGGGUGUCCAUUGCAAGUUGGCGAGGGAACCUACAUACUCCAGGAUGAUCUGCUCCUCGCGACACCCCCUCCUCACCCAUCUGAAGCUCCUAUAAUCAACCCGAACCCUCUUGCGACUCUACCCACACCCCCUACAUCUGGCGUCAAGCUAUCUCUUGUUACUCUCGAUCCUCGAAAGAAGCCUCCCACCUUUUUGAAGUCGGCUGUUACACCUCCCCAAUUUGGAGAUGGAAACUCCGCGCUUGCGGCGCCACCGGUGGCAGCGAAGGACGCAUCGAAGCGGAGGAAGCCCAAGAACAACAUCAUCAAGAGCAGUUCUUCCUUCGUCUCGCGAGUCAUCACCCACGAAACAUCUGUCAAGCGAUUGGGCGAUCGCGACUCGAACGGUGUUUUUGCUUUUGCGAAUAUCAACCGAGCAUUCCAAUGGCUUGACCUUAGUUCGCCUACUAAAGAGGAGCAUCUUACCAAAGUUCUCUUUACCAAGGCGCACAUGCUCUGUCACGAUGUCAACGAAGUUACCAAGACAUCCUCACACUUGGAUAUUGUGAUGGGAUCCUCUGCGGGCGACAUCAUAUGGUAUGAGCCUAUGUCGCAGAAAUACGCGCGAAUCAAUAAGAACGGCGUUAUCAACAACUCCCCCGUCACCCACAUAAAAUGGCUCCCUGGGUCUGAGAAUCUGUUCAUUGCGUCCCAUGCUAACGGUGUGCUGGUCGUGUACGAUAAAGAGAAAGAGGAUGCCCUUUUCACCCCCGAGGCGAAUGGACAUGCCGACCAUGACGUUGGACGAUUACCAUUGGACAUCCUUAAGUCUGUGAACUCGAAGAACCAGAAGACCAAUCCGGUCUCAUUCUGGAAAAUGGCGAACCAGAAAAUCUCAAGCUUCGCCUUUUCACCGGAUCAAAGGCAUCUGGCUGUGGUUCUCGAAGAUGGCUCGCUGCGGCUCAUGGAUUACUUGAAAGAGGAAGUACUAGAUAUAUUCCGCAGCUACUAUGGCGGACUGAUCUGUGUUUGCUGGUCGCCCGAUGGCAAAUACAUCGUAACGGGAGGCCAGGAUGAUCUACUAACGAUCUGGUCUUUCCCCGAGCGCAAGGUUGUUGCCAGAUGUCAAGGACACAACUCCUGGGUUUCAGCAGUAGCAUUCGACCCUUGGCGCUGUGACCAGAAGACUUACCGGUUCGGCAGCGUCGGCGAUGAUUGCCGCCUCCUAUUGUGGGAUUUCAGCGUUGGAAUGCUUCAUCGUCCUCGCGCACACCAAGCCUCAACUCGAAACCGAUCUAGCAUAGUACUGCCGAAUUCACAAACUGCUAACCGCCACCGUGCAGACAGCGGCGAUAACCGUGUGCGCUCGGACUCUAACGAAACCGAAAAGUACGAUGAAUUUAUCGACCAGACCCCGAGUCACCCGGUGGAACCCCGGUCUCGAACUGCCCUUUUGCCCCCCAUCAUGUCUAAAAUCGUCGGCGAAGAUCCCAUCUGCUGGCUUGGCUUCCAGAAAGAUUGCAUUAUGACUUCGUCUCUUGAAGGCCAUAUUCGCACUUGGGAUCGACCCAGCGACAGCGUCAAGUCAUGA